UACAUCGACCCAAAUGUUGAUAUAUUGUCCGGUAUGGUUGACAUCUCUUAAUAAUGUCCUAUGUCGAUAACAUUUAUUGAUUUCACAAUCACAAUAUUUAAAAUUGAAAUCUCAGUAACAGAUUAUAAUAAAUGCUUGAAAUUUAAUUCGAAAAAAAUUAUGGAAAUCGAAUACUUGGGAAUAUCACAAAAAAUAUUUAUAAAGUGUCUGAAAUCUUUUCUUGAUGAUUUAAAUAGUAUUGAUUAUAAAACGGAAUUGUUUAGUGGUCUUACUAAGGAGAGUUUUAAUAAAUGUAUUGAAUUUGUUCAACUUAUAAUUGAUCACCAUCAAGGAAGUAUGGCUUGUAAAACCAACUACAAAACACAAAUGUUAAAUUAUAAUAUGCAGAGUUCUAAAAACUAUAAAACAACAAAUGAGGGUACUAAUGUAUAUAAAAAUAAUAAUAAUAUAAAAAACUAUCAAAAAGUUUUCGACAAAGUUAAUCAUAAAGCAGAAAAAUUGAACAAUAUGCAUCAUUAUUUUGAAAUUAAAGAUAAACAAAUCCAAGGAGUUAUAAUAAAAACAAUAAUGAAUACUGAAGCUACUAUUAUAACCAUGGUUAACGAACAUGAACAAAAAAUGGCCAAUUUACAGGAUAACUUAGAAGUUUUUGAAUCGAAAAUACAAUUGUACUCUAAAGAAGGUGUAAAUAAAAAAAAUAAAAAAACGAUUGAAAGAAAUAUUUUAAAGGAGAAAUUAAUAAAAUUGAUUAAGAAAUACGAUUUAGAAAUGAUUGAAAAACACAAGCAAGUAAUUGAUCUUAAUGAAAAACUCAAGGUAGUUGAUGAUAAAAUUGUCUUUCUCAAAGAAUCAAUUGAUAGCCAAAAGAUAAAAUUUGAAUUGGUUAUGAAAGAAAAAGAAAAAGAAAAUGAAAGAUUAUGGUUAGAAAAACUUACAGAAAUUCAACGAAAAAUUGCGGCUCGCAAAAUUCAAUCGAGUUUUAGACAAUAUUUAAACUAUAUUCGAACAAAGGCAAAAAAGUUCAAAAACAAGGGUCAGUCAAAAAAAGUGCUGAAAUCAUCUUCCCUUCUUGAAUAAUUAUCCGAUAGAAGUAUACUAUUGUUAUGGUACCGUGUGUAGUUUCCGUGCACAUUAUAUUGCAUGUUUUUAUUACAACUGAUGUGGAAAUUUAUGCAAUUUACUGUAUUGACCAGAAAUUGUCAUCUUACAUUUUUUCAAUGGCAAAUUAAACAAAAUAAACUGUACUCUGUAACUGCUUGUGGUAAAGAAAACAUAGAGCGGAAUUAUAUUCGACGAAAAAGAAAUCGACUCAAUUACCAUGAAAAAAUUAUAAUGAUUCCUCAAGGAAAACAGUCUAACAACUGGUUUUACGAGACACAUUAAUAUUAGUUAAAACUUCAAAUUGAUAAUUAAGAAAACUGUAAAUUACCAAAAUACAAUCAAUUUUAAUAGGGGCGUUAUAAAAGUACUUAUGGGAGUAGAAAAUUUCCUCUUAGACAUUGCACUUCUAGGAAUAUAUAUGUUUUAAAUAGUUUAUGAUUUCAAUUAUCUGCAUAAAUGUUACACA